GAACGGUAUUAUUGCGUACCUUUUUGUGAAACAAGUGGUUAACAUUUAAAGUGUUUAAACUGUGCUGAGGCUGAGAAGAAAAAAAAAACAAUCUUCUGGGGGCAAAAACGGACCGUCUGACCGAGCUGAUGCGUAAGUGUUGUAGCGCGUUCACGCCUGAGCGAGGGCCCCGGGGGGGGCUGGGUGCGAGUGUUGAGGUGGGCAGAGUGUCUUCAGCUUGUCGUGCGACCAUGAUCAUAGAAAGCCAAGCGGAUCACAGGUGGUCAGUUCCAAAUUCUCACCGUGGAGAUUCGGGAAAAAAUAACGUCUUUUCGCUCUUUUUGCUUUUUAAUUUUUCCAAAAAGAUACCCGGCCGAGGUAUUUCAGUCCCGUUUUCCGUUUUUUUUUUGUCUCCCUGUCAGGACACGGAGAAACCAGGAGACGCGGACGGGGAGGAUGCGGAAUAUAGAAACAAGCCAAACGAGAACUCUUACUGCUACCAGCUGCUUCAGGAACUAAACAAGCAGAGGAAAAACGGCAUCCUCUGCGAUGUCAACAUCGUGGUGAGCGGCCAGGUCUUUCGGGCGCACAAAAACAUUCUUGUGGCAGGUAGCCGCUUUUUUAAGACACUCUAUUGCUUAACCAAGAACGAGAGCUGUGACCAAACCACCAUCACUCACUUAGACGUUGCUGCUGUUCAGGGCUUUUCCGUUAUCUUAGACUUUCUGUACUCUGGCAACCUCCUGCUCACAAGCCAAAACGCCAUCGAGGUGAUGUCCGUUGCCAGCUACCUCCAGAUGACCGAAGUGGUGCAGUCGUGCCGCGCCUUCAUCAAAGACGCGCUGAACAUCAGCAUCAAGUCCGAAGCCCCCGAUUCGGUGGUGGUCGACUACAACAAGCGGAGAGCAGUCACCAAGGACGGGAAGGGGGCGGACAAGAAGCCCAGCAACUUCUGGGCGACCAGCAUCCUCUCCAAGCUCUCCAUCAAGGCGAGCGGCCACAUCAAGGAGGAGCCCAGCGACGUCGAGGGGUCCAUCGGCGAGAGCUACCCCCUCAGCAGCUCCGGGUGGGGAUACGACAACUCCUCCGAGUCCGCCGAGAACGAGCCGCAGGGCCCGGGACCCGUGUUCGUCUGGAACGACGCGGCCAUCCAGACGGGCAGGAGGGACUUCAAGCAGGAGCCGGGCAGCGGCAGGAGGAAGAAUCAGACCACCCGGCGGUAUGUCUACAACAUGACCCCGGAGCCGGAGGAAAGCUUUGACGAGGGGAUGUUCGUCCAGCCUUCCAGCUCCUACUCCAAAGACGACCUUCAGUUCUUCUCCGAGAACGCAGAGUUGGCAAACCAGAUCCAGUACAGCUUACUGCAAGAUGCACAGCCCAGGGAAUCUUGGGAAAAUGGCGAGUCCUCGGCGUCGGUGGUGAACAAGCUGAAGUGCCCGCACUGUAACUACAUCGCCAAACACCGGCGGACGCUCAAGAGGCACCUCAUCAUACACUCCGGCGUGCGCUCGUUCAGCUGCGACAUCUGCGGGAAGCUGUUCACCCGCCGGGAGCACGUGAAGAGACAUUCCCUGGUGCACAAGAAGGACAAGAAAUACAAGUGCAUGGUGUGCAAGAAGAUCUUCAUGCUGGCGGCCAGCGUGGGCAUCCGGCACGGCUCGCGGCGCUACGGCGUGUGCGUGGACUGCGCGGACUCGCACCAGGGCUCGCAGGAGGGCCUGGACGCCAUGCAGGAGCUGGAGUUCUCGAGGGAGGACGACUUCGAGGAGAACGAGGCGGGCGAGGGCGAGGGCGAGGGGGAGGAAGACCUGGGCGAGGAGGGCGAGGAGCAGGCCGAGAACGACCAGGCCCACUGGGAGGAGGCCGACGCCAGCGAGGUGUGCGUCACCCUCGAGGAGGACUGAUUCCGGGCUGGGAAACAAUCAACGACUCCAAAGUGCUAUCAUUCUUCACGGUCGCAUAGACCCGUGCGCGUAGAGAAAGCUUUGGCAAGAAGGGUGGGACUCCAGGAUGUACAGAAUUAGGCUUCGGACACUGGAUUGCGGGCCGACGGGAGAAAGAGAAAUGUUUAUUAAAUCAGGUUAUUGGUGAUGUAAUUUUCUUUUUGUUGUUCUGCAUAGGGGACGGCUGUGUACAGCGUUUCAUUUACGAUAGGCCAAUCAUCUUAAAAGAAAAUUUAAUUGUUCUAUUUAAUUUAUAAGAAAUAAAGAUAUUAUGGUCUUAUUAAAUGCUAUAAUUUUUCAUGUUGUUUGUGUCUUCUCACGUUUUGUCUCAUUUAGAUAUCUCCUGUUAUAUCACCUGUCAUUAUUGAUCGUAUAUUGCUAGAUGAAUAUUUAAAAAAAAAAGAGCGAGGAAAAAGGGUGUAAUGCAUUAUGGAGCAAAUGCCUGGACCGAAGUUCAGUGUGUUUAGCUGUAACCUUUUUUUUUUCCCCUCCUGUAUAAAUCUUGGAACCAAAAAUCUGUUUUGUGUCUUUCCAAUGUACGGCAGCCCUAUUUAUAAUUAAUUUAUGUAGGCUGUUUUAUGGUGCCAAGCAGAACGCACACCAAGAUUUUACAGGCAAGCUAACUACUGAAAAGCAGUCAUGGGAUGUGCAAAAAAACAAACAAAACAAAACCCAGCCAGACAGGGAAGAGAUUGCCAGGUUUGUAUGAACCACAGCGCCAACAGCACACUGACUUGCAGCUUGAAAUUUGCCAAAUUAGGAAAAUGUUUGGUGCUUUUAUGUCCUUCAUACAACAUUGGACUUCUGGAAUAUUUAUGCCGAAUCAUUUAACCAAUCCACGCGAUGAUUGGCUUUGUGCUGCGGACCCUACCAGGCGUGUCAUGCUGCUCCGGAGCUGCUAGCGUAGUUUUGGGAAGCAGCGGGGACCUUGUGUAUAUAUAGCCCUUUAAAGAUGAGGUACUUGUAAUCAGGCAAUGAAGGGCAUCAUUAAUUCUGCUUCUUACCGUGAAAGAUUUGAAAUCGGUGUAUGCAAUUUGUUUUUAAACUUCAGUUCUCUGAUUUGAUAUACAAAUUAAGUCUUACAUUCAAGUUUAAUUUGGAAAUGUUCUAGCUAUAUGUAGGUUUUAAGUGCCAGCAGAAAAACAAAACCCUAAGAUUUUUUUUUUUAAACUCAGCAGCAGUUUUAAGCCUGAUGGGAGCUUUCUUUCCUCUGUACGAGUGCUUGUUCGUGUGCUUUCAGACGAAAGCUCACGGUAAUGCACUUACUUCUCUGUGUACGUGAAAAAUCAUUCAAAAUUGACUUGGCUUUCUUUCCCCCCAAAAGAGCAAUUGAAUUUGAAAGCUUUCGGUGUACUUUAGGAAAACCUUUUUUUUUCUUCUUUAUUUAAUGUCUAAUUACAAUGUUGACUCCAAAAUGCAAUCAAGACUGUUAAUUCCUAUUUGUUCAACCAAAUCUUUGUUGUUUGAGUAACUGUAUAGAAAGCCCAGGUAAACACUAGUGUGUGGACCCCUGCUUGUUAAUGUAUUUGUGUAUUUCAGAUUUAAAUGUUUGAAUUCUAAAAUCAUUCACUUUACACUAGAUGCAUAUAAUGUUUAGCUUAUUGUUUUGUUGUUUUUUUUAUUUUUUAUUUUAUCAAGCACAUAUUUUAUAAAAUCGUGUAAUGUUUGUGGGGUUAAGCCUAGGGACAGUAGUUUCUGUUCAAAUGCAGUGAAUAUAUUGAAGUGCUAUAAUGAAACAGAAAUGUAUAAUUCUCCCUUUAUUCUAAAUGAAAUUGUAUUUUAAAGCUGUAUAGAAAAUAUACAUGUUCAUAUUAUUUACCUUCAAAUCACUGUGGGAGGAUUUUUAUAUAUAUAUAAAUGUUUAAGUUACACUAUGGCCUACAGCUACAGUUAAUGUACCGAAAAUCUUGGCCUGGCUUCUCACAUGCAUCAUUCUUUCCUUUCCAUCCAUUUGUUCAGGACACAACUCUGUUAAUUUCUUUGCUUUACAGAUUUCUGUAUAUCUGAUAAAUCGAUCUUUCUCUUCUUUAGAUUUUAUGCUGUAAAAUGGGGAAAACAAAAAAAGCAGGACACUACAGUUACGUAGUGAGUUUUUUCAGCUGUAUUUUUUUAAGCUGUUAAAAGAUUUUAAGUAUUUUUUGGUGACGAAGCUGUUAUGUACAGUAAAACAAAUGGGUUAUAGACUUCUACGAAUACCAAAAGUCAGGUUGUUCCUUUUUAUGUUCCAAGGUUAUUAAAAAUCAAAAUGCUCAUUCUGUUUCAGAUGUACUACUGUUCCUCUGUAUAAUAAAUUUUAAAAAUAAAACUUUGAUAUUGCUAA